UCCCUCUGGACGCGCACUUGUUCACAGCCUCCCAGUGCGCAGUAUCACUGGAACGACCCUGUCCUGAUUUUUCCUUGUCUCUCAGAAACGUGAAGCUUGAGCCGUCCUUCCUGCUCUUGCUUACCGUACCAAAGAUUGUCUCGUCUACGUCGCACGGACAUCUUACGUCUCUUUCAACAAGGUACAGCAUCGAGACACAUUGAAAUUUGGAAUAAAUGGACGCCUUCGACGACGAGAACCCCUUCGAAACAGACGCCGACCGUGUUUCGUCCGAGGCCUCUUCCACUUCAAAGGUGGAUAUCUCUGAACCACCGUCUCCUCCCAAUGUGUCGCGCAGAUUCUCUUCGUCGGCGUCUGCCAAGGGCUCUGCAUAUCCUUCCUCAAGUCGGCAAGUGCAAUCUAAUUACAAGAGCGAUUUUUGUUGUACUCGCGACCGCGUCCUACACUCUGGCGACGACGUUGAGAUAAUCAUAACUGACGCGGUGAAGACAUCUGUCAACUCGAACUCACCUUAUAUCGCAUAUAUCAUCCAGACCGGGAACGCGCAAGCACAUCAUCGAUAUUCAGAAUUCGAAUCGCUGAGAAUUAGCUUGUCGAAGCUGUACCCUACUCUCAUCAUUCCACCUAUACCGUCGAAGCAGACACUAGGCGACUACGCUAUCAAACAAGGAAAAGCUAAGGAGGAUGCCGCCUUGAUAGGCAGGAGGAAGCGUAUGCUUCAAACCUUUCUAAACCGUUUAGCUCGCCACCCAAUCCUAUCCAAUGAGCAUGUCUUCCAUCGGUUUUUGGACGGCGAAGUCUCGUGGACGGAGGUUCUCAACUCACCGCCGCUGUCACUGCUUCCGAAGAAUAUCCUCAAGGCUCCUUCGCACAAUCCCACGGAUCAGAAUGCCUCACCUGCUUACGCUGCUCUCCCAAAUCCAUCAGCCGCCCAUCCUCUGAGACAUCCGGACCAGAGGUUUCAUGAUUCUGAAGCAUUUACCAACAAGUUCUCUGUACACCUGAGUGGCCCUAUGGAAAAGGUCACACGUCGGACCAUCAAGCGAUGGUCAGAUUACGGGCAAGAUCAUUCCGAACUUGGUGCGGCUCUGAACGGUUUCAGUCUCAACGAAAGCGGCGAGCUUUCCGGUGCCAUUGAGAAAACUGGACAGGCCGUGGAUGCUACCUAUCUUUCAACCACAAAGCUGCUUCAGGAGCUCGAGCAGAACUGGGCCGAGCCCCUUCACGAGUACUCUCAAUUUGCACUGAUCAUCAAGAAGCUUCUUGCGUAUCGACACCAGAAGCACGUCCAAUACGAAAUGACCCAGGACGCUCUUGAGACGAAACGAGAACAGCUUGAAGAACUAGAAAAGAGUGAGCGAGAGGCCCGACGUCUAGAAGCGGCUCUUGGACGAGGCCGUAUCAAUGGUUCUUCCAUGACUUCUAGUGCAGCCGCAGGCGAGGACGAAGCUGAUCCCUCCUCAAGGUCGGGCGAGGAAGAGAAUAACUCUUCCGGCUACCUUCCACCCCAUCCGGGCCCGAACCCUGCCCGGCGAAAGACACGAGCACCAGGCAUGGGACUGUUGAACGCUCUCAGCUAUACAAUUCAUGGUAUGAUGGACGCAGACCCCGAGACUGCUCGUCGCAACAGCAUAACGAAGACUCGGGAAAACAUCUCCCAGCUUGAGGACGCCUUGCACCUUUCUGCUCAGGAUCUCAAGUAUUCUAGUUCCACCAUUCAGGCAGACUUGGAUCGGUUCCAGCGACAAAAGGUUGCUGAUCUCAGGGAGAUGGCCAUAGCGAUGGCACGAAGCCAUCGUGACUGGUGUAAGAAGAACCUUGAGGCUUGGGAGGAAGCGAAGAGAGAGAUUGAUAAGAUUCCCGACCAUCCUAAUACACUGCCGAACUCGGCUGAACAUUCUUCCGGAGGGCCUACAUCUACGAGAAGAGACUCUACUGCUACGGUGAAUGGACGCUAAUUCAGUUAGUGGAGGAAAGAGUUAUUGGAACUUCGGUACUGAUUAGCAACUUAGGGUUUGCUUGGAUCUUUCCCUUUUCUUUCACGAUACUUAUUUAGUAUUGCAACUCUUUUAAUUAUUACACUUUACGGUUCCGGAAUUGUGAAAUGAGAAAUGGUACGAAAAUACCGUGAUUGUGACGAGUCACCAACACGUGAUUUGUGACCAAAAACUUGGGC